GUAAGAACACCAGAUAGGUUAGAUAUAUCUAGGUAUUGGGUCAAAGGACACAAAUUAAGCUGAAAAAAGGUGCAAUUCCAUCAAUAUUUGAUCCAUCAGUAAUUAAUACUUCUAAUAACAAUUUAGAAAUUACUUUACCAGAACCUUUAAAUUCUAAUACUCUUAUUGAGCCAUUUAGAAAACAACUAUUUGGUGAAUCUAUGAAUAAAUCAAUAUGUACAGAACCAUCUUUAGAAGACCCAUUUAGCAAUUUUAAAGACAUUAUAUUACCGGUUGGAUGGAUGCUGUAUAGGGGAGUAAACAUUAUGUCAUUAUAUAAACCUAAUAUAUUAGAUGGAAUUAAAGUUGUUAUUGAAAAACAAAUAGUUUUUCAUUCUAGCUCUUUAGAUAUUAACUAUUAUGUUAAUCAGAAAUGUAUAAAUCCUACAAUUGUAGAUUUAAAACAAUUGACAUACUCAUUAAAUACAUUGGAUGUGAUUGAAAACAUUAAAUUAUUUGAACAAAAAAAGAUUUGUCAAGGAGGUCCAAAUGUUAUAAAUUUUCCAGGUUUGAUGAAAAUUUGUUAUUAAAAACUAUAUGUUAUGUGUUACAUAAUAGCCAUGUAUAUUUUGCAUUUUAUAAUAUUUAAACAUUU